UUUUCUUACUUUCGUGAGCAUGAGUUGUCUCUUCAUGCUUUGAACUUUCGAUGGUUCUUGUUCGAUCUGUGAUGAUCAGUUUGCAGAUCCUUACGUGAAGUUGUAUUUACGCAAAGAGAACGGUGAACGGAUUGUGAAGAAGAAGACGCACGUCCGUCGUGCCACUGUCAAUCCCGUCUACAACGAAUCGUUCGUCUUUGAACUACCGGAAAGUAAAAUGGAUAAUGCCGUAAUUGAUCUACAGGUCGUUAAUCAUGAUCGCACAAAUCGUAACGACGUUAUUGGUCGUGCACUUCUGAACCUUGAAGAUCAACAUAUCGUCGAAGUGCUAGAGAAUCCAGGACGCCAAGUGGCUCAAUGGCACAAUCUGGACUAG